AUGAGACACGUUCAAUCCACUCAGCUGCUUGCAGCACUUCUCUUCACCACUCAAGUCGCAGCUCAUGGCCAUGUUACAAACAUCGUGAUCAACGGUGUUUCGUACCGUGGAUGGGAUAUUAAUUCUGAUCCCUACAAUUCUAAUCCGCCGGUGGUGGUGGCGUGGCAGACCCCCAACACGGCAAAUGGCUUCAUCUCCCCAGACGCGUAUGGAACGAACGAUAUCAUCUGUCACCUCAACGCCACCAACGCGCGCGGGCAUGCUGUGGUCGCUGCCGGCGACAAAAUAUAUAUUCAAUGGACAACUUGGCCGGAUUCCCACCAUGGACUGGUGAUUGACUACCUGGCUAGCUGCGGUUCGAGCUGCGAGACGGUAGACAAGACGACUCUGGAGUUCUUCAAGAUUGAUGGUGUUGGAUUGGUGGAUGACUCAACCCCACCGGGGGUCUGGGGCGACGAUCAGUUGAUCGCGAAUAACAACUCGUGGCUUGUGGAGAUCCCCCCGACGAUUGCACCGGGCUACUAUGUCCUUCGACAUGAGCUGAUCGCUUUGCAUGGAGCUGGAAGUGAAAACGGAGCCCAGAACUACCCCCAAUGUUUUAACCUUCAGAUUACAGGAUCAGGGACGGCGCAACCAUCCGGUGUGCAGGGUACAAAGCUCUACUCACCCACGGAUCCGGGCAUUCUGGUCAAUAUCUAUACCUCGCUUUCGACGUAUAUAGUUCCGGGCCCGACUCUCAUUCCCGGUGCUGUGUCAGUCGUGCAGUCCAGUUCUACCAUCACUGCUUCGGGAACGCCUGUGACCGGCUCUGGAAGUGCCCCAACUACCAGCGCGCCGACAACCACAAAGGCAACUACAACACUGUCCACGACAACCACGGCUACGACGACCAAAGCUACGACCACGGCGGCCGGUUCAACUUCUCUUCAAUCGGUCUACGGCCAGUGCGGUGGCAGUGGAUGGUCUGGGCCCACAGCCUGCUCUACCGGAGCCACAUGCAGUUCCUACAACAGCUACUACUCCCAGUGCAUUCCAACCGCCUCCUAG